CUGGUGGGGCAGCCCCUGGUGAGGCAGCAGGUGAUGAAGGGAGUGAGGGAGUUCCUGGAGAACCGGAAUCCGGUGAAACCCCUCGUGAUGUCCUUCCAUGGCUCGACUGGAACAGGCAAAACCUAUGUGAGCUCCAUGCUCAUCCGCUACCUCUUCCAGGGUGGACUCCAGAGCCCCUAUGUUCACCAGUUCUCUCCGAUAGUGCACUUCCCCCAUGCUGAGCGGAUAGAGCAGUACAAGGAAAGCCUGAAGCGCUGGAUCCAAGGGAACUUGACAAACUGUGGACGGUCAGCCUUUCUCUUUGACGAGAUGGACAAGAUGCACCCAGGCCUGAUCGACGUGAUCAUCCCGUUCCUGGGACCCUCGUGGGUUGUGUACGGGACCAACUACCGCAAAGCGAUCUUCAUCUUCGUAAGCAACGCAGGAGGGGAGCAGAUCAACGAAAUGACGCUGAAUCUCUGGCGUGCCCGCAAGGACCGGGAGGAGAUCAGCCUGCAGGACCUGGAGCCGGCCAUCUCCAAAGCAGUGUUUGAAAACCCUCAGAGUGGAUUCUGGAAAUCCGGGAUCAUUAACGAACAUCUCAUUGAUUUUGUUGUGCCCUUCCUCCCACUGAAGCACCACCACGUAAAGCAGUGCGUCGUCAGCGAACUUGUCCAGCAAGGCCUCGAAGUACGUCCGGGUGUUGUCCAGGAGGUGGCUGACAGCAUCCCCUACUUCCCAGAAGAAGAGAAAAUAUUCUCAUCAACAGGCUGCAAAACAGUGGCCUCUCGGAUCAGUUUUUUCUUCUAGUCGCUAGCGAGGGCCUUGCUCAGAUCCAUUGGGGAUGUAUACAGAGCUGUAAAGCAGCAGAGCCCAGCACUGGCAGGAUGAGCAGUGGGAGCUGCGUGUUCCCUCUCGGCAGCACAAGCGCUCUCCCGCCGAACUCGU